AUGCAGACUCAACAAAAAGUUACUAAUCUUCAGUCCACAGGUAACACUCCUCCUUCCCAUGCGUUUUCCAUGGAUUUACAAGUGAAAGAAGCAAUAGAAAACAUGUUAUCUAUAGCUGGUGAAGGGGUUAUUAUCGAAGGAGGUGAGGAUAGGUCUGAGCCUCAGGGGGAAGCGUCUAAGACCUUGGUAGAAGGACCUGAUCCCUUCUCGGAGGAUCCAACUCAGGGGUUCUCUCAAGAGCCCCAGGUCAGUACUGAUCCUGCUCCCACUCCUCAUUUUUAUGCUGAGCCUUUGUAUGUGGUGGUGCUUGAGAUGAGAUCUGUAUUUGGUGAAGAGCAUGGAGAUAGUGAAGAGGAUUUUGUUGCCACUCCAGAGCCAACUCCUAAGCCACCCAUUACAAGGUUGCAAAAGAAGGACGCUCUUGAGUCCGCUCAUAAGAAAAGUCAAGUCAGUCAAAGGAGGAGGAAAUUGGUGAAGGAUGGAAAGGCUGUGCAUGAUAAGGUAGUACAUGUUGUCACUGUGGAUGAUGAAGUGGACGAGGAACCUGGUUCCUUGACUCACAAGAGCUCACAAAAGCACUCUCUCUCCAAGUCUAAAGAGAAAUCUUUGGUGAGUAUUGAGAGUCCAAACAAGAGUGAUGAUGUUAUCUCUAGUGAAAACUUGGUGAAAGAAUCUGGUGACAAGAUAGUUGAAGAAAGUGGUGGAAGAUAUGGUAACAAGGGGAUGGAAGAUGUUGGUGAACACGUGAAAGUUGAUGUCGAUGAGGAACCUGGUUCUCCCAAGAAGGCCAAAAUUGGUGAUCCCCAGAGUACUGGGAAAGAGAAAUUGAAAAAUCAAAAAGUGCUAAGGGGCUGCACAUUUGCCCCUAACAUUUUGGAGGAGGCUGGAAUGCGACAAUUGGUUGAAAUUUGUGAGUUUCAACAGUGGACACACUUGUUCACAGGAGAUUCUCCCAAAGUAUAUGAGGAGGAAGUGCGUAGCUACUAUGCUGACUUCUUCAAAGUUGAUGAUGACCAUAUCUGCAUGAUGGUGAAUGGGGUGGAUUUUGUGAUGGAUUUUGCGGUGCUGGGGUCUAUUCUGAAUGUACCUGCUAAAGGAUUGUCUAUUGUUCAAGGCUCAUGCACUCCAAAUUUUAGAAAUGCUAUAGUCAAGGAUAAGGCAGUCCAACAGGGGGAACGGGUGCACAAGAAGGCUCUCCUUUCAGUGUACCAAUUGUUGUUUGAGAUGGUGAAUAAGGUUUUUCUCCCUCAUGCUGAGAGAAGGUCCAUGGCAUCCAUAGCUUACCUGGUUCUCAUAGAAGCGCUGGAUGGCUUCACUACCAUUAACCUGCCUGGGAUUAUGAUUGAACAUAUGCAGAAAGUGGCAGAAUUCAAAGAUGGUAAUCAUGGGAUGCCUUAUGGGUUCCUUCUCACCAAGGUUUUUGAGUUAUUCAAGGUCCCUCUAGGACAAGCUAAAAACAAUGCUACGGAGGAGAUCAGAAAGUUAAAAGCAAGGAAUGUUAUUCUUGAUGGUCAGCUCAGUCAGCUUCAAGAGGCACUUGGUUCCAGUAGUUCUCAAAGCUCAGAGGUUGCCCGUAUGACUAAGGAGAAUGUUGAGCUUAAGAAACAAGUGGAGGACCUGAAGGAGAAACUGCUCAAUGAGCAAAUGUCGGCGAAUGAUCGAAUGGAUCUAGUCCUCCAAACUCUUGCCUCUACCUCUAAGCCCUCUCCUUCAAGUGCUCCCUAG